GUGAGUCACACAAAGCUAAAAGUAGGCAGCAAGCUGUCAUUUCUAGCAUUAGCCCAUUGAGACAUGUUUCCUUACAAGGUUUGGACUAACCGCCUACGGGCGGAGGGGCGGUUGCUGCUUUGGUUACUUCUUCUUCUUCCACCUUUGAGCGCCACUGGGUCGUUCAUAAGUAGAUAUUUUUCCAAGACCUCUCCUUCCCCGACCCCCACCUCUAAGAUUAUUUUGGAUGAUGCUGCUGGGCUCGGUCGGGUGUUCGAUGGGAUUGGCGCGAUGAGCGGUGGCUCGGCAGCCUCCCGACUUCUAAUCAAUUACCCUGAGCCUCAGCGUUCUGAAAUAUUGGAUUAUUUAUUUAAGCCAAACUUUGGUGCUUCUUUGCAUAUGCUGAAAGUGAAAGUAGGUGGUGAUGGACUAACAACAGAUGGCACUGAGCCCUCUCAUAUGCCCCAUAGAGAUGAGGAGACCUAUAGCCGGGGCUAUGAAUGGUGGUUAAUGAAGGAAGCUAAGAAGAGGAAUCCCAAUAUUACACUUAUUGGAUUGCCUUGGUCAUUUCCUGGUUGGCUAAAUCCAGGUAGAAGUGAUCCCUAUGCCAAUAUGACAAUGACUGCUUUAUAUGUUGUGUCUUGGAUAUUGGGUGCUAAAAGAAUGCAUAAUCUGGACAUCGAUUAUAUUGGGAUUUGGAAUGACAGAGAACCUGAAAAUCAGUAUAUAAAGACCCUAAGAAAGGUGCUUAAUCAAAAACAACUGAACAGAGUGAAAAUCAUAGCCAAUGAUCAGUUUUGGCAGCCCCUUUCUGCUUUCCUGCAAUUUGAUCCUGUACUCCUGGACGCCGUUGAAGUUAUUGGGGCUCAUUAUCCUGGAACAAAAAGUGAAAAUGAUUCUUUGAAGACUAACAAAAAACUCUGGUCAACUGAAGAUAGUAGCUUUUUUAAAGUUGAAGAAGUUGGAGGCUGCUGGGCUCGCAUCUUGAAUCAGAAUUAUGUGAAUGGCCAAAUGACUUCCACAAUUGCUUGGAACUUAGUGGCUAGCCAUUAUCCACGAAUACCUCCCGAGAGAGAUGGGAUGUUGACUGCUAAGGAGCCUUGGAGUGGGCAUUAUGUUGUAGAGAAUCCUAUUUGGAUUACAGCUCAUACCACUCAGUUUGCUCAACCAGGGUGGCAAUACCUGAAAACAGUUGGCCUUUUAAAAUAUGGUGGAAGCUAUGUAGCUCUUACAGAUGGCUUAGGUAACCUCACUAUUAUCAUUGAAACCAUGAGUUAUCCGAUUUCACAAUGCAAAAAGGAUCAUGCGAGUUUUUUCCAGGUGACUGAUCAAAUAAUCAUUUUCUCUCUUCAGGGAACCUUUAAAAGCUUAACAAUGCUACAGAUAUGGUAUUCCAGACUCGGGAAGCAAAGUAGGAAUUACUCAUUCGAAAAACAAAAGCCUCUACUGAUUAAUGAUGGUACCAUUACAUUAAAAUUGGGUUUGGAUGAAGUGUAUACUUUAACAACCAUCACUACAGGUCAAAAGGGCAGUCAUCCUACUCCUCCAGAAUCACGACCAUUUCCAUCUAACUAUGAAGAGAAUUUCAAUUUUGGCCAGACACGUGGUAUUAUAGCUCCACAAUUUGCAGAUCAAACAGGUGUAUUUGAAUACUUCAUGAAUGACCAGGACGCAUCAGGUCAUUUCUUCACCUUUCGCCAACAGGUCACUCAGAGACCUAUCACUUGGGCUGAUGAUGCAGAUCAGACCAUCAGUAUUAUAGGAGAUCAUAACUGGAAGGAUAUAAAAAUAACUUGUGAUGUUUACAUUGAGACACCGGUGACAGGUGGCAUAUUCAUUGCUGCAAGAGUAAAUCAGGCUGGGUCAUCCAUUCGAAGUGCCCAAGGAGUUUUCUUCUGGAUUUUGGCAAAUGGGACAUAUGAAGUUACAAGUGAUCUUGACCUCUACAGUCUACACUGACCGACUUUGCAGCUCCUCCUUUACAGUGCCCAUUCUCCCACCUCCUCACCUUUGCAGUGGCUGUCCUGGGCACCUCUCAUGUACUCCCUGACCUCUUGUGCUCUAAAAUGACACAUUCCCUUCAAAGUUGGUCAUUGAUAGCAAGAGCAACAGUUAAUGACAGCAUCAGUGUUGUCUGAGCUGGGACGUUGUACACUGCUUACUGCUGCUGCUACUACUACUGCUACUAUUGCUACUGCUACUGCUGCUUCUGCUGCUGCUGAUACUUCUAGUACUACUGCUGCUACUUCUAGUACUACUGCUAUUGCUGCUACUGCUGCUGCUGCUGCUACUACUGCUGCUGCUGCUACUGCUGCUUCUGUUGCUGCUGCUACUACUGCUAUUGCUGCUGCUACUACUGCUACUGCUGCUACUGCUGCUAUUUAUAAAGACUUCAUUUUACAUGGCUGAUAUUUUCCAAGACACCAUGUAAGUUAAAAGUCACACAUAAUACAAGGCCAUCAUCUAAUCAGUUUUUUAUAUGAAUGCGCAUUUUUACGGCUCUUCUUAGGCUUAUCAGAGCUCUCCACAUCACUACUCUUGUUCUUUGGGGCCAUUGUUAAUAACUAGAUCAUGUAGAUGAAAUAAGGAGAAACAAUGCUCCAACGUGGACAUGACUACAUUACUACAUGACAUGGGUGAACUCCAGGCAAAAAACAAAUGUGGGUGCUAAUAUCUAAUGCAAAGCAAUAUAGUGUCCUACUGACACUUCUCAGCAGGAAAAUGAGCAGGAUUGGGUAAAGUGCUGAGACUUUAUGCCACUUGGGAACAUGGGAAAAAAGCUGACCCUUCCCCCUUGUUGGGGUUGCACAAGUGACAUCAUCUCCUCUUGACUACCUGAAUGCCUGGUGUGAGCCUUAACUUGAAACCAAGGCAAGGACUGUAUGAAGGAAAUCACUGAGUGUCUUGGCUCAUGAGGACAGAAUGGGAGCUGGGAAAAGGCAACAACAGAGUUAAGAGAUUGCAAAAGAGCAGGUAGGGCCAUGUCCCCUGCAAUGGGCCCUGGACUGCCCCCCUGGGAGGACCAGGAAAAAUGGAAAGCCACAGCUGGCUCCGGAGUCAUGAUGUGUGAGAGUUAGU